AUGCUGCUUCUGUUUUAAUGGCAAACUUUGUGCUUUAAACUCUCUUAGAAAGAUGUGGACUACAUUAACUCAGAAUUCUGUGCCACAGAAAAACAUUCAAUAAGGCGAUUAAACUAUGCUCAUGAGACUCUAUGUACAGUUUAAUUAAAGUUAGUUACAUUUUGUUAUUUCUGUUUACGCAUGCAACGCGGGAACCAACUAUGCAGAGAACUGACGCAUGAAAAAAAGAAUUGUUCAAGGACAAGAUGGCAGAUAUUAUGGUGAACCUGAAAGCAUUUCAGCCAGAUAAUGGGGCAGAGACUAGUGACCUUGCGCUGCGUCUGAAAUGUCGUGCCAAAGGCCUGACCAUCAAUGCUUGUGCCCAUGCACUCUUCUUCUGCAAACUGCUCCAAGCCACCAGGCAGAAAGAGAAGAAAAAGGAGGAUGUGUCUGCUUUCCCUCAAGCAUCGGAGGACAACCAUAGCUUGAAUUUUGGGAUUAUUGGUGCAGGCCAUAUUGGGAAUCAGCUUGCCAAGACCUUCCUACAAUUGGGUGGAAUUUCAUAUAAGAACAUCCAGAUCUCUACAAGGCGGCCAGAAACUCUGUCAGAAUUUCAUAUGGUGGGAGUUAAGUGCUUUUACAACAAUAGGCAACUUGUAAGCUGGGCAGAUGUUAUAUUUCUCUGCUGUCUUCCAUCUCAGCUUCAACACAUUUGCUCAGAAAUUCGAGAUGCAAUCCAAAACCAAUGUAUUAUAUACAGUCUCGUCACAGGGAUCCCUCUAACCAGGCUGAAGCAACUUCUUUCUUUUAACUCAAUCUUAAGGCCACAAUACAAAUUUGUGGAAACUGAUCUUUUUGACAUCUGGUUAGCAAGCAGAACAGUUGUGGAAGCCCUCAACGAUCCAGCUGUUAUCCAGGCAACAUGUCCCUGUAACCCAAUAAGAGAAGUUGUUGUCAAUAGGGAAUGGCUGGCAGCGACAUUCUAUGCAGCUCUGAACAGCUACACGAUGCAGGGUUUGACCUAUGCAAAGACCCUGCUUUUAUUUACUGAUGUGUGCUUUCCUGAUGAUAAUACACUGCUGUUUUGUGAAAACUUUAUCAACCCAACCUUUGCCUCCUCCCUGGCACCUGAUGAUUCCUUCCCUUGGUUUGACUUGACAACUGUUCAGCUAAAAGAAUCACCUUUUGGGCACCUUCUUGCAACAGAUAAAUUUUUUCAGGACAACAUUGCUUCAUUGUAUUGUAACAUACUGGCAGUCAGAUUCUCCAAAACUAAUGAAGAUUCCAUGGCUGUUCCCUUCAAAAAGCCUUCUCUUUCAGCUCUCCUGCUAAAUCCCACCAAAUCUUUGACCUGGGGAUUUGCUGCAACUUGUAAAAGCAAAGUAGUAGAGACAUCAAGUACUGAUUCUGAAGAGACUUAAAUCUUUUUUAUCCAAAUCUCCAGAAGCAGCAAGCAUUUUGUUUUUCAGUACUACAAAUAUAUUUAUUUCUAAAAAUA